AUGGAUUUUAACGAGGUGAAUUUGGGAAAGUUUCACGAGGAAAGGAUAGUGGUCGAAGACAAAAUCAGUGACCUAAUACAGGUGAAUACAUCUAUUGUUGGCGCUCUCGCAAAGACACUAAAGUCUGAUGAAAUUCAGGAAUACCGAAAAAAAGUGCAAGCCAUAUUAGAAGAUUUGAUCCCCGCUGUCGAAUCUGUUGGUGUGGAUAAUGACUAUCUGGUUGAACUGGUGGAUUUGGUACUAGACUCUGAUAACCAUAGAGUCUUCAGUACGGCUGUCAAGAAUAGAGUUGUCAACAAUGUCAUGAUACCGAGACAACCUGUUACGCCCGAAAUAUGCCUUAAGAUUCUAGCAUCCAUAUCUUUGGAGGUUUAUUCGGCAGAUGAUACACCCAAUCUGAUACCCCGAGUGCAGAGAGGCUUGCCUCAAACGGUCCAGUCGAACAUUCUCAAAUGGUGGGAAUGUCUAUGUUUUGAUCUAGUAACCGAGAAGACUUUUCUGAAAAUGCUUCCACUGAUGUUCACUUAUCUGUCGUUUGCCUAUGCCAGAUCUCACAUCUCAAUGCUCAUGAUGUCGAUAUUGGCCAGCUAUACCAAAUACGACCGCCAUUUUAGUGCGACGCGAUUUGCUUCCUCUUGGAGAAUGGAUGUCUUAAAAGCAGACAUCGAGAAAUAUCCAGCAGAUCCAUAUCUUGCGGCUUUGUAUCUUUUUUUAUCUGACCACAAGCCAGAUACCGAUGCCGUGCUGGUGGAUUACAACAUACCGUCAAGGACUUUUGCCUAUCCAGAUAUGGCCUUUCUGAAAAAAUUACUGGUUGUCAGAAGAAACGACAUUCUUCUUUCAAACAACAGUAACUCAAUCAUGCUGCUCGCACACAAUCCACAAUUCUCGGAGUUGGUCACGAAAGUCACUUCACAUCUCCAAUUUCUGCAAGGAUUGAAGAGAUCUUACUCCACUGGCUCUGACCAGAGAAAGAGACGCAAGCUUGAUCUUGAAGAAACGGAUGCCAACGGAACUCUAGAUGUUCUUGUGCAUUCUGCAGUGACAGUUGAGAUUCCUUUGCCUUUAAACACCAAAGAGUUGGCGUCGAGUCUUAAAGUUACAGGGCAGAUUGGACAAGGUUUGUUCCAGUCGUUGUUGGUGGACUACGAUAACUUGCAGCUGGCAUCUGCCUUUAUGUCUGAUAUCUUGCCUGAUGGGCUCGAACACAUUUUGACGGAUUCUGCAAUAGACUCUGCAAAAGUGAAACACCUUUCAUUCUUCAUGCUAUUAUUACAAUCGGAUGGCGAUGUAGGUAUAACACUAGAUGAAUGGCUGACAGACGCUUUGCUGGAACGAUCCAGUUCGGGAUUCCAGCUCACAGGAUCCAAUAGCAAAUCGAAACAGGAGCUUUUGGAAGGACUGAACUGCUAUGCUCAGCUGACGGACCUGGAUCUCACUUUCACAAGAACUCUGUUCUUCGACGAGAGCACGAACAUGGACAAAUCCUUGAAUCUGGCCCCUAUCUUUUCACAUCUGCCAGCUUCAGCCAUACCAGAUUUCAAUAACGGAGUAUUUGGAAUUUCCCAGCUGGAUACUGCAGAUACAUUCACAUACAUCACCACCUUGGAUGCCCUGCUGGAUCUGUUCACCAAUUGGUCGGAGCUGCAAACGCCAAACUACAAGGCAAUGAACGACGUUUUCAGCAAGGUUAUCUAUGCAUCCGCAUCCAGAUUUUCCAGAGAUGUCGAGGCUGCAGCAGACCAAAUUCUGGAAAAGCUGGUAUUCGUUAGAUUCUUACGGUUUCUGGCUGAUGCUCCUCCGCGAAAGGUCAAUCCCGCAACUCUGUGUCUUCCUCCCGAGUUGGCAUAUUCCUUGUUCUUUUCGGCAAAUCCCAUACUUUUGAACGCUGUGUGUCGCCAAGUGGUAGCCACGAAGACGUACUACAACGAAACUGCUACGCAGGUGCUGUCAGACGAGGACAUUACCUACGAGAUCCAGCCUCACCAACUUAAUGCGCUGAGGGAAAUACAUUACUCCUAUGUAAUGGACUAUUGCAACGUGAUUUGGCGAAACAAAGCGUUCCACAGAGCCAGCCAGGGCCAAAGUGCAAAGGGAUUUUUAUUGGGCGGGGAGUUUACAGAGACAUUGUUGAAACGGCGUUUCCACGUUCAUGGCGACGACUUCGCAGACGAUGACGAUAGGAUAGUUGAUGAGGCAGGAGAACGCUCGGAAUUCAACAUCUUCCAUUCGCCUCCAUUCGCCAACAUCAUUACAAAAAUCAUCAGACAAAAAGAGGACGAUUCUGCCAGCUGUGAGGUGCGUUUGGCAGGACCAUUUACCGUUAAGCAGUUUACCAGACUGAGAGACGCAGGCAACUGGCUGGGCGACGAAUUUCCAGACGAAACUGGCUUUGAGUCAGCAAUUCUGAAACAGCUCGGCGACAGCGGUUAUGAAGGAAUAGUGUCGCUGCUGGUUUCAUCGCUGAAAAGUCUCUUUAAUAGAUAG